ACCAACUUCACAGCCAAGACUUGACAUGCAUGACUUGCAUAGCUUAUCUACUUGAUCCGUGAUGUGGAAGUUUGCUUUGAUAUAAUGUGUAUAAAUGAUAAUUGUUUCCAGGGAGGCACAGUGAGAGGUUAUAAUAGGUGCUUCAAACGAAAUAACCAUGUGCCGAUACAAAAAUGGAAUGCUACUUUGGAAGCAGGCUAUGCUGAUGAUGCCAAGGAAUGGCAUGGCGGCGACUGAGCUAUCGAUGUCACGGCUCCUGAAAUUAGCGCAUAAAUUCAACUGUUUCUACCUGUCAGAACAGCAGCAGGGAAAGUGUCGGCCCUUUAUUGUCGAAGGCUAUCAGGUUGGGUUAGUGAGACCAGAUGUAAUGUUGCAACUAUUACGUUAUCCAGAUGUGUUUCACAUUCAACCAGAUUCUGUUGAACUCAACCCAGCUUUCAGAGACUAUGACGAUCGAAGCUCAAAGGUUGAAGCAGUCUUGAGAGAGUGCCGAUCUAAUAACGUAUUCAUCGCAUUAAAGGGAUGGCGAGAUGAGUGUUUUGAGGUUCGGACCGUGUUCUCCAACCAUUCACUGCUCAAGAUGGACCGAUCGGCAACCUGUCUCUUUGGCAUCCGUAAUUAUGGUGUGGACAUCAAUGGUUAUGUCAUGGACCCGGAGAAGGGACUGUGUAUCUGGCUGCAACAGCGCUCAGCAACGAAGCAGACAUGGCCUGGAAAGUGGGACAACAUGGUAGGUGGAGGUCUGUCCGUAGGUUACGGAAUUCUGGAGACUGCUGCUAAGGAAGCUGCCGAAGAGGCUUCUAUACCGGCAGAGUUAAUCGCUAAGCUUAGGCCUGCAGGAUGUGUCUCGUUCUUCUUUGAAAGUGAGCGUGGUCUGUUCCCCAAUACAGAAUUUGUUUUUGAUUUGGAGUUGCCAGCAGACUUUGUUCCAAGUAACAGCGACGGAGAAGUAGAAGCGUUCGAACUUCUGCCUGCGAAAGAAGCUCUGGAGAAAGUUUUCUCAUCUGAUUUCAAAACUACAAGUUGUCCUGUUGUUAUUGAUUUUCUUAUCAGGCAUGGUCUUAUAUCCCCUGAGACAGAACCAAAUUUCCCUCAACUGGUAGAACUUCUUCACGUGCCCCUCCAGUCACUCUACAGAUGUCACCCUAAACAAGCACCAUCUGAAAAUGGCCAGAAUUCUCUAUAGCUGUAUCGUUAAAUUAAAAAUAAUUAUUUACUGAAUUUAUGUAGACGAUAGGCAUAAAAUAGAACUGUAACAAAUGCUAGUCAUGCAUACUUGCUAUGUUCUAUUUAUAGUAAUUAUAGAUCAUAGUAGAAGAUGCGGAUUUUUGAAUGAAGUGUGUGCGAGCCAGCCUCUUUCGUACUAGUCUUCCUAGUUUUCCCGGUGGGUGACGGGUCAUUAUAAUCGACCGUCAUAGGAAGGAUUAUUUCAGAUUGAACAAUAAGUUUGUUGGAUGGCACAACAGUGUAACCAAUUGGGAAAAUGAAUGAAUCAUUAUUUGUGUUUUGUCAGUGAGUAGUUUUUCAUGUUUAAAAAGAAUCCAGUAAUUUAUAAAGGGCACAAUUCACAUUGACUCAGUACUUAAAAAUUUUUAGUAGCUUUUAAUAUUGUAAAGAGGUAAGUAAUAGAAUUGUUUACUUCAGUUUUACCGCCGAGCCCAAUUUAAUGCAAAGAUAGUAGAGCUGACUGCUCAAAUCAUACUUUUUUUUUUUUUUUGUUAGGAUACAUACUGGGAUCUCUAGGAAUUAUGCAACUAAAAUUUAAUGUGUUUCAAAGUUUGAAAUAUUUGCAUAAUUUUUAAUAAAGUGAUUAACUUUAGAGAAGUUGCCUUCUUGUAGGUAAGCAGAAGAAUUUAAGUACUGGAAGUUGGUGUGGUACAUAAGCAUUUCCUAAUAAUUUGAUAGAUUUAAUAUUUUGUUUGAAACGAUUAAAUACGUGUGAGAAGUAUAUUAGAAGCAGGGUUGUCAGUUGAUAUGGAAUUCUAUAUUAAUAUCCGAAACAUGGUGAUGAACCGUUUUAUUUGUUCUGUGCGUUCUGUUGCUUAAGUACGUAAUUAAAUUCAUUCAUUAAUGUUGUAUGUUGCCUUUAUUUGUAUUAAACAUUUUUCCACUUAAAUUCACAUGAAAGUGGAAAGUUUCAUUUAUAGUUAUAGUUUCUAUGAUUCUUUACGUAAUAAUAUCUCGUCUUAAACAUAAUUGUUUGCGUUAUAUGAUGCUCAUGGCUAUUCUACAUUCUGUUUCCUCGUAAUGACCAUCUGAAAAUUCUCGACAGUUUUUCUGUACAGACCGAGUUCUGGCUCUCCACUAAAAGUGAAGCUACAUGCCAUGGAGACGCUUCUGGGGAAAUGAGGUAUAUCUCCUACUUGUUUUUGACGUCAGCACUAAAUGGGGUUAAUGGUCAGCAUCAUGUCACCAGCCAUGCUUUGCCCCCAGGUAAAGGACCUUGAGAACCCCCAUCAAAUAGGAGGCUGGGUGGCACCCAGAGCAGGUCUCGAUACACCAUAAUCGUACACUAUUGCACACCAGAUUUUGUACAUGCGAUUAUAUCCCAGUUGAUCUAUGGAAAUUAGCAUGCUUUUUAUUGUUUAGUUGAAGCAUUAAUUGCUUAAAAAUUUGUCAAUUAACUUCUGUGAGAACCUGAAAUCUUACAUAUUAAGUUCGAACAAAUUAAAUCAACCCCCAGAACUACCGAUUCUUCCCAUAUACUGCAUUUAAAUAACUAUACUAUUUCCCGAAACCCAUCACAAAUCACAUCGUCGUCUUGCACAUUCGUAACUUCUAUUUUCCUGGUAAAAUGCCGUUGUUACAUAAAACAUUUGUGCGUGACAAAAGACCGAAGUUUUCAGACCUAAAUACUGCUAAUAUUAACACUGAAGUCAAAAAUAAGAACAAAAGAAUAGCAGAUGAAAGACAAGGUAUUUGUUUUAUACUCGUAUGGUCUUACUUUAGAUAUGUUUUAUGUUCUCUGUGUUUGUGUGCAAGGCGUGUUACAUUUAUGAUGCAGAAGCAACAUUUAUGUGGUAAUUGCAUCCAUCUAUUCUGUGUGUUGAAAUUAAUGCGCAGGGAACUGUAAAAUUAUUUUCUUUCUAAAUGAUAUUGUUCGCAAUUUAGAUCUUUGAUGUGAUUUAUAAUAUUAUGUAGGUGUUUGUAUGUAAUAAAAUUGUGUCACCAGUGGUAAUUUGUGCUAACUCUUGAGAUUUUAAGUAAUGCUGAACAUAUAUUCUUUAUGUUUGGAAAAUUCUGCAGUUUAUGAAACAAAUAUGUUCUCAUUAUAUUUGUUCAUAUUAGAAGCAAGAUUGUGAAUAAAGCAUAUGAAAUGUGUGUGAAUGAAAGUUUAAUACUCGUGUUUAUAAAACGAAACAAGAAAAUAAGUUCAGUACUUUAAAUUUGUUUGAUUUACAAUGGAGUAUGACCUAUAAAUGUGGAGUUUUAUUAUAUACAUCCGAAAUAAUAUUGCAACGAACAUAUUACAUUGACUAAUGAAUAAUAGAACUUAUAAACGUGCAUAUAAGAGAUACAUUGAUCACAUACGUGACACAUAGAUAUAAAACUAUAAUGUUGCAGUCUUUUUUAUACUUUCACAUCAUUCCAGAUGUUAUUUAUGUAUUUAAUUUCUGUAGUUUUUGUUUAUUAUAAAUUUAAAUACAAAUACAUUGAUCUAAAAAUUAAAGGAAUGUGAUAAAUACAUUUUUAUUCAUCAUCCUUUAUGGUUUAUUGAUUUGAUCAGUAUUAAAUAUUUGAAGAACUUGGGAUCAGAUAGUUUAAUUUAGGUGGUCUGAAUUUUAAAAUUAGGUUAUGUGCUGUUGAAUGUAAUUAGUCACUUUGAUUUGUAUGCAUUUAACCCUCUGAAGGCAAAGCUCAUCUCAAUUAUAUUUAAGAAUUCAGUCUAUACCUCAGUUACAAAAAUCAGUUGGUUGAUUCUAAAUUGAUAAACCAGUGGUAGAUUUCAUUACCACUGGACUUUGAAGGGUUACUUGCUGCUUUAACUUUAAAUUUGUACAUUUAAUAACAAGUGAAAAUAAAUGUAUUAAAAUUAAUGGUGUCAUUAAGGAAUCCUAAAGAUGAUAAGAAUUCUGAAAUACAGUUCCUACAAAAAUGAAAAUACAUUGUAACAAUAUUAUAAUUUGUAAUACCAGCUGUUGAUUUGAAGAAUACAUUAGAAUUUUGAAAACCAAAUCUGUAUUCUACUUUAAAAUUUUGUGUUAUGUUAGGUUCUAGACAUUUUUAGGGUGGUAGGCCUGAAGUUUCACAGUAAUGGUUAUCAGAAUUCUCAUCGUGAAGUACAAACUGUUGAUAUCAAUACAUCUGAACCCAAGCUCCUCCCUGAAAACAGCGAAGUUCCUUGAUAUUAAGUUGUGUGUAAAUAUUCUAAGAGGAGAAAAAUAUAUUACAGAUAUAUUGAGUUGCUUUUGUGUGUAUUAGUUGUAACAUUUAUUUUAUUAUAUCAUAUUACAUUUGUACAAGUAUUAUUACUUCAAUAUUUGUCAACCUUGUUUUUGAAUGCAACUUGUUUAUUCAACUGAUAUUUAUCAGUUUUGGAAGUAUAGCAAACUGAAUAAAUGUUUGAGUGCUUUAGUUUAUAUAAA